CAUGGAGGAGCGGGACGGCCGCGCCGGCGGCUUCAGGAAGGAGACCGUGGACCGGCUGCUCCGCCUCCACUUCCGGGACGGGAGGACCCGAGUUAACGGCGACGCGCAGCUGCUGAUGGCGGAGAUGCUGAACGUCUUCGUCCGAGAAGCGGCGGCACGGGCGGCGCGGCAGGCUCAGGCGGAGGACCUGGAGAAGGUGGAUCUUGAGCAGGUGGAGAAGGUGCUGCCGCAGCUGCUUCUCGAUUUCUAGAGGCCUCAUGAAGCACACGUGGCCCGCCAGCAGAAGACCCUGACCUGACUGAACAUCAGACUCGCCCUCAGAGUCUAGCUCUAGGAAGAACAGUCUCAACUUUUUCUUUCUCUGCCAUUUUGCUUCUGUUUCCUGUCUGCUUUACCAAGCAUGACUAAGCCCUAGGCAACUAUGCUGUCAGAGGCUAUUUUUGAAAAGAGGCUGCCACACGUUUGUUUUGGUCGGCUAAGUGUGUAGCUAGUUUCCAUCUUGCUGCCUUACUCCUUUAACAGUAGCCUGUACUUCACAGCACAGUAAGAUGCUGUUGCUUUCCCAGCUAAUGUGAGAAACAGGUGCCGCUUCAGAGAUGCAUGGAAAGACUUAAUGGCUGGAAAUGUCAUCCAAACUUCAGUCUCUCAUCGCCUCAGCGGGCAGCUGUGGCAGAAACUUUAGGUCCAGCUCCAAGCCUGUCUAAUGAAUAGGUUGUUAACAGGAGCUCAGUCACAGGCUCUUGCCAAAAGCAGGUAACUGAUCUUUAUUUUAUAAAUAAACAGUGUCUGUCCCUCACUACCUUCCAGUAUUUCUCCAGGGCUGUGACAUCAAAGAAUGCUUGGAACCUUUUAACCAUUUGAUAUUCUCCUCAGAAGCUGCUUCCCCUCUGCUAUAAAUUUGUUCUCACAAAGAAACAUCAAUAAAUUAAAACAGAGUCUCCCUCGUGUAGGCUCUUUGCUGCAAUUAAUCAUCGAAAGUCAAGUUGCUUCAAAGACUUGCGGAGUUUCCCCCUCACCCGCCCUCUUUGCUAAAUCUUUGUAGGACGAAAGGAAAAAGGACAGAAUAACAAACAGCAUGUGUGAAAAUCCCACAUCAUGGGACAGCCUGGCCCCUCAGCCAGCAGGGGGGCCGGGGAGGGGGGAAAGCUGUGAAAUAAGAAACCUUACACAUGUAGGCAGGACCCACACAACUGAACUGGCUUUGUUGGGGAAACAUAGCCGGCUGCAUGAAAAGCAGCUGACACCAGCGUGUCUUAAGGAUUGCACACCCUCUGUUGUUGGCUAUCUGUAGUCUUUAUGGUUAGUAACAGCGAGCGAUUUUUUUCCCCAUUGACAGCUGUAGCAGGCAGAAGCUCAGUAGGUUACUGCACGCUUUCAGCCAAGAGCUAUCAAGGUCAUCACUCGGGAUGCCAGCCACUUGGAAACUUCAGCUAAAACCACAAUUUAAUACACAUUCUUUCUGAUGACAGUACCAGCUUAAGCAGUGCCCCGUCCCUCUGCAUUGCAGCCUCUUUGCCAAGACAACUGUUUGUGCAGCUGUACAACGAAACCAAUGAAGGAACUGACCUAGUUCAGCCUUCAGCCCUGCAACCAUAUGGUAAAAAAAGGCAAUAGCAAAAAAAAA